AUGGAGAUGGUGAAACGUGAACUGGAGGCGUUGACACGAGUGACGAGGGUGUAUUUUGAAAAGGGAUUGGACGAGAGGAAAAGGCGAGCGGGGAUGAAUAUCGGAUCCGGGUCGUCGGUGGUGGUGCCGUCUUUUCCGCUCUUUUCAGUUUAUGCCGGCACCAAGGCCUAUGUGCAGCAGCUAUCCAAAAGCAUGCACAUUGAAUAUAAAAGCGAAGGGGUCCAUUUACAGUGUCAGGCACCCUUGUAUGUACAUACAAGAAUGGCAGCAAGAGCCAAGGGAUACUACUUCUUCAAGCCAUCACCAGAGUCAUACGCAAAGGCUGCGGUUCACUGGAUUGGAUAUGACUCGGUCUGUGUCCCGUACUUCCCCCAUUUCUUACAGUGGUGUUUGGUUAACAUGCUGCCAGACUUCAUCAACGAUUACAUGUGUUUGACCACAAACAUGGGCUUCUUGAAGAAAUCUACAUAGAUUUUGUGCUUUUAAAUGCAUUAUUUUCAUUCGAUAUCGAUAUGUAAUAGAAUUAGGCUUGGAAAUGAACCGAAUACGAAUUGAAUAUUGAGAUAUAUAUUUGUAUUUGUAUUCAUUUAAACUUUUCGGAUUCGAACAUGAAAUCCAAUAUCGUCGUCUUAUUUUCUUCA